AUCUAAACCAAGUCUAGCUGCUCUUGUUGGUUGCAUGAUGCCAUUUAUGCUGGGAGUAUGCUUUCUUUGCCCUUCCAUGGACUGCCUCUGGCACAAAUAUCACUAUUGCCCAAAUUGUAAAGAAAAGGUUGCCUACUUUGAAAAAUCAGAUCCUUGUAUUGUGGUGGAUCCAACUAAUUGGACGGAGCCCAGUUAUGCCAUCCCCAGGUUUGUUUGAACUCUCUCUCAAGUUUUUGCGGAUAUAUAUACAUAUAAAUUUACGGUUUUUGCUUUUGGAUUUGUAAAUAAUGAAGUCCUCUUGUAAAAAUUAAAAAUGUGAUAUUGACCAUUUGGAUGUCUUUCUGUGGUGCACUAAUUUAUGUAAACUUCUACUUGGGAACUCUGCAAAUGCUUAAACAUUGUUGAAUGCUUGAGCAUCCAUGAUUUGAGAAAUAGUUUUUUUUGACAAUUUGA